AUGGAAGACAUCAGCGAAGCAGAUCAGACGAUGCUAACGAGAGGGUGGCUUGAAUUAUCGUGGCAGGACGAACUGCUUUCCUGGAAUGCUAGUGACUAUUCUGGGAUUGAUUCACUGACCUUACCCAUUAAUAAACUGUGGAUACCUGACAUCACACUGCUGAAUGAUGUCCAGGGAUAUCAGCUCCUUUCAGACAAAGGUGGAAUGCUGAGACUUUCAAACACUGGGCAGGUACACUGGUAUAUUGGAUUAGUGGUUGGGACCACGUGUACUAUAAAUGUUGUUCGUUUUCCGUUUGAUUCACAGCAAUGUUUUUUAAACUUCUCUCAGUGGAGUACGCAUUCCAAUGAAGUAGACAUUAAACCAAUCGUCGAUCCAUAUAUGUUUGAAGAAGACAACGGUGAGUGGCGUUUCCUAAAUCAGUCCUACAUCCGUGAGGAGUUUCAAGACGCUGACACAGUGCACACUAUAGUGUUCAUAGGAUUCUCGUUUCAACGGAUGCCACUAUCGUUCAUUAUUUCUGGAAUCAUUCCCAUGGUACUCAUUUCUAUUGUAAACCUCGGCUCGUUCAUGCUUCCUCUAGGUUCAGAAGAGAAAGUGUCGAUGGGGGUCUCAGUUUUGCUAUCCUUUUACAUUUUCAUCUCCGGCAUCAACAGUUUGCUACCAGACGUGUCUAAUAAGGUGUCCAUAUUCAAACUCUAUGUCGUGAUCAUGCUGACAUUGAAGGUUAUGACUACUCUCUCAUCGGUUAUUAUCCUUCAUUUCUAUUACAAGCCCACGUCAAAGCCUCUACCUAGAUGGUUACAGGAACUUCUUCUUGCCAUCUGCAAAAGCCAGCAGACAAAUCAUACAGAUGUUCAACAGGACGCAGAUGUAAAGAACAGAUAUUUGAGUGGAAUCCGAGAACACGGACCAGAUCCAGAUUGGAAAAUGGUUGCAGAAACACUGAACACUGUUUGUUUCAUUACAUUCGCUGUUCUUACCCUCUGCGUUAGUGUAAUUUGCUUCUAUGUCAUGGUGAUGUAG